ACACACUCAUAGUGGUGUCUACGGAAAGCCAUCUGGGACAAAAAUCGCGUUGUGCUAUUUUAGAGCAAGCCAGAAUAUCAUAUGACAGAAAAAAGGCAAGCAUUAUUCUGAAAUGCCUCGCUUAAACAGUGCCCAACUUCCUUAAAAUGUUGUGUAGUGAUUUUUUUUUAUAUAGAUUGUAUAUCGAAGUUAAUGUAUAUUUGGUAACAUUUUGCUUCCCCAAACUUUUAAUUUGCUACUAGCUUUUUUUAUGCAGUAGCAUUUUUCUGAUACCCUACGCUGCAGUAUAUGACUGACCCUGAGUGAAUACCUAUAUAAUUACCGGUAUUCGUUUUUUUAACAUGUACAUUAUUAGUAUCUUUCAUAAAGUGAAAAUCAAUCAAUCUUUGUUUUAUAUAGCGCCUUUCAUAAUGGACUUCCAUCACAAAGUGCUUUACAAGAUAGUGAGGAACAAUGCAUAAUACAUAAAAUACAGUGAAAUACACGGAAUAGUACAUUAAAUAAACAGUAAAAAAAACAAUGCAAAUACAUUAAAUACAGGCAUAAUACAUUAAAUACAAGGCUAGGAUGUGAAUUCUAAUCAUUGUGGAUGCGCGUGUCAUACAGAAUCAUGCGAAUAAGAUGGAGUGAAAAACCUGAAAUAGCAAUUUAGACAACAGCUAAUAACAGAUAUCAGUGGGCGACUGUGGGAGCUACACACACUAAAGCUGGGAGAGAGUUUCAGAUAGUCGUGGCAAUGAGGCUAAAAGAGCGCUCUCCGAGUGUGGUGCACUUUUGCUUGGGUAUAACAAGCAAUCCAGAGUCAGAGGACCUAAGUUGACGUGUAGGGACAUAGCGGGUCAGCAGGUUGGAGAGAUACUCUGGACCUGUGUGAUGAAGGGCCUUACAGCCAAGCAGGAGAAUUUUGAAAGUAAUCCUGAACUUUACAGGUAGCCAGUGCAGCUGGGCAAGACGGGGGGUAAUGUGAUCAUGUUUUUUACAUCUGCUAAGGAUCCUUGCAGCGGCAUUUUGAACCAGCUGCAAUCGGUUUAUGGCGCGUGACGGAAGACCACCAUAGAGAGUUGCAGUAGUCGAGAGGAGAUGAAUGCAUGACAGAGUAUCUCUGCAUCUCGGAGGGAAAGGUUCUGUGAGUUCUUCCUCAGAGGUGCACUCACCACCCAACGUGGGGCUGAGGCGCAGUGGUCAGAUUGAAGGGGUACGACAGAUGCACAGCAAUGCACCGAGGAGUGAAAUUGCCACUGAGAGAGACCUUGUAGCCUGGAGUCGAAGAGUGCUGGUGCCAGAGCUACCUCCAGGCAUAUCCAGGAAGCAGGAACAAGUGAGAACUGCCAAGGGAGAAGAGGAGAUAAGCAUUUACAAAUUAGAGAAGAAAAAGAGAACAGUGCCAAGUCAUAUUCAGAGGGAAGCUAAGAACCAUGGACCUGAGUCACUGAGUGACGGUGGGGAGACGAGGAGAAUGCAGGUGAACCAGCACAACUACCAUACGAGAGCAGCGGUGGAGGAGACUAGUAGGCAGGGGGACACAGCUGAGGAGGAGAACAGCUCCUCAGAGGAGGGUGAAGUUCGUCCUGCAAGUGGUGAAACAUCAGACGAGGAGGGAAGGGCCUGGCCAAGUGACAGCAGCAGCUCCAGUGACUACACAAGUGAUUAUUCUGACUGGACAGCAGAU